AUGAUUGGAGUGGCGCCCGAGUCACACACAGAGGAGUGGCGCCCGAGUCACACCACAGAGGAGUGGCGCCCGAGUCACACAACAGAGGAGUGGCGCCCGACUCACACCACAGAGGAGUGGCGCCCGAGUCACACCAGAGAUGAGUGGCGCCCGAGUCACACCACAGAGGAGUGGCGCCCGAGUCACACCACAGAGGAGUGGCGCCCGAGUCACACCACAGAGGAGUGGCGCCCGAGUCACACCACAGAGGAGUGGCGCCCGAGUCACACCACAGAGCAGUGGCGCCCGAGUCACACCACAGAGGAGUGGCGCCCGAGUCACACCACAGAGCAGUGGCGCCCGAGUCACACCACAGAGGAGUGGCGCCCGAGUCACACCACAGAGGAGUGGCGCCCGAGUCACACCACAGAGGAGUGUCGCCCGACUCACACUACAGAGGAGUGGCGCCCGAGUCACACCACAGAGGAGUGGCGCCCGAGUCACACCAUAGAGGAGUGGCGCCCGAGUCACACCACAGAGGAGUGGCGCCCGAAUCACACCACAGAGGAGUGGCGCCCUAGUCACAGCACAGAGGAGUGGCGCCCGAGUCACACCACAGAGGAGUGGCGCCCAAGUCACACCACAGAGGAGUGGCGCCCGAGUCACACCACAGAGGAGUGGCGCCCGAGUCACACCACAGAGGAGUGGCGCCCGAGUCACACCACAGAGGAGAGGCGACCGAGUCACACCACAGAGGGGUGGCGCCCGAGUCACACCACAGAGGAGUGGCGCCCGACUCACACCACAGAGGAGUGGCGCCCGAGUCACACCACAGAGGAGUGGCGCCCGAGUGAAAACACAGAGGAGUGGCGCCCGAGUCACACCACAGCGGAGUGGCGCCCGAGUCACACCACAGAGGAGUGGCGCCCGAGUCACACCACAGAGGAGUGGCGCCGGAGUCACACACAGAGGAGUGGCGCCCGAGUCACACCACAGAGGAGCGGCGCCCGAGUCAGACACAGAGGAGUGGCGCCCGAGUCACACCACAGAGGAGUGGCGCCCGAGUCACACCACAGAGGAGUGGCGACCGAGUCACACCACAGAGGAGUGGCGCCCGAGUCACACCACAGCGGAGUGGCGCCCAAGUCACACCACAGAGGAGUGGCGCCCGAGUCACACCACAGAGGAGUGGCACCCGACUCACACACAGAGGAGUGGCGCCCGCGUCACACCACAAAGGAGUGGCGCCCGAGUCACACCACAGAGGAGAGGCGACUGAGUCACACCACAGAGGAGUGGCGCCCGAGUCACACCACAGAGGAGUGGCGCCCGAGUCACACCACAGAGGAGUGGCGCCCGAGUCACACCACAGCGGAGUGGCGCCCGAGUCACACCACAGAGGAGUGGCGCCCGAGUCACACCACAGAGGAGUGGCGCCCGAGUCACACCACAGAGGAGUGGCGCCCGAGUCACACCACAGAGGAGUGGCGCCCGAGUCACACCACAGAGGAGUGGCGCCCGAAUCACACUACAGGAGUGGCGCCCGAGUCACACCACAGAGGAGUGGCGCCCGAGUCACACCACAGAGGAGUGGCGCCCGAGUCACACCACAGAGGAGUGGCGCCCGAGUCACACCAAAGAGGAGUGGCGCCCGAGUCACACCACAGAGGAGUUGCGCCCGAGUCACACCACAGAGGAGUGGCGCCCGAGUCACACCACAGAGGAGUGGCGCCCGAGUCACACCACAGAGGAGUGGCGCCCGAGUCACACCACAGAGGAGUGGCGCCCGAGUCACACCACAGAGAAGUGGCGCCCGAGUCACACCACAGAGGAGUGGCGCCCGAGUCACACCACAGAGGAGUGGCGCCCGAGUCACACCACAGAGGAGUUGCGCCCGAGUCACACCACAGAGGAGUGGCGCCCGAGUCACACCACAGAGGAGUGGCGCCCGAGUCACACCACAGAGGAGUGGCGCCCGAGUCACACCACAGAGGAGUGGCGCCCGAUCACACCACAGAGGAGUGGCGCCCAAGUCACACACCAGAGGAGUGGCGCCCGAGUCACACCACAGAGGAGUGGCGCCCGAGUCGCACCACAGAGGAGUGGCGCCCGAGUCACACCUCAGAGGAGUGGCGCCUGAGUCACACCACAGAGGAGUGGCGCCCGAGUCACACCACAGAGGAGUGGCGCCCGAGUCACACCACAGAGGAGUGGUGCCCGAGUCACACCACAGAGGAGUGGCACCUGAGUCACACCACAGAGGAGUGGCGCCCGAGUCACACACAGGGGAGUGGCGCCCGAGUCACACCACAGAGGAGUGUCGCCCGAGUCACACCACAGAGGAGUGGCGCCCGAGUCACACCACAGAUGAGUGGCACCCGAGUCACACCACAGAUGAGUGGCCCCCGAGUCACACCACAGAGGAGUGGCGCCCGAGUCACACCACAGAGGAGUGGCGGCCGAGUCACACCACAGAGGAGUGGCGCCCGAGUCACACCAGAGGAGUGGCGCCUGAGUCACACACAGAGGAGUGGCGCCCGAGUCACACACAGAGGAGUGGCGCCCGAGUCACACACAGAGGAGUGGCGCCCGAGUCACACCACAGAGGAGUGGCGCCCGAGUCACACCACAGAGGAGUGGCGCCCGAAUCACACUACAGGAGUGGCGCCGGAGUCACACCACAGAGGAGUGGCGCCCGAGUCACACCACAGAGGAGUGGCGCCCGAGUCACACCACAGAGGAGUGGAGCCCGAGUCACACCAAAGAGGAGUGGCGCCCGAGUCACACCAGAGAGGAGUGGCGCCCGAGUCACACCACAGAGGAGUGGCGCCCGAGUCACACCACAGAGGAGUGGCGCCCGAGUCACACCACAGAGGAGUGGCGCCCGAGUCACACCACAGAGAAGUGGCGCCCGAGUCACACCACAGAGGAGUGGCGCCCGAGUCACACCACAGAGGAGUGGCGCCCGAGUCACACCACAGAGGAGUUGCGCCCGAGUCACACCACAGAGGAGUGGCGCCCGAGUCACACCACAGAGGAGUGGCGCCCGAGUCACACCAUAGAGGAGUGGCGCCCGAGUCACACCACAGAGGAGUGGCGCCCGAGUCACACCACAGAGGAGUGGCGCCCGAGUCACACCACAGAGGAGUUGCGCCCGAGUCACACCACAGAGGAGUGGCGCCCGAGUCACACCACAGAGGAGUGGCGCCCAAGUCACACCACAGAGGAGUGGCGCCCGAGUCACACCACAGAGGAGUGGCGCCCGAGUCGCACCACAGAGGAGUGGCGCCCGAGUCACACCACAGAGGAGUGGCGCCUGAGUCACACCACAGAGGAGUGGCGCCCGAGUCACACCACAGAGGAGUGGCGCCCGAGUCACACCACAGAGGAGUGGCGCCCGAGUCACACCACAGAGGAGUGGCACCUGAGUCACACCACAGAGGAGUGGCGCCCGAGUCACACACAGGGGAGUGGCGCCCGAGUCACACCACAGAGGAGUGUCGCCCGAGUCACACCACAGAGGAGUGGCGCCCGAGUCACACCACAGAUGAAGGAGUGGCGCCCGAGUCACACACAGAGGAGUGGCGCCCGAGUCACACACAGAGGAGUGGCGCCACCACAGAGGAGUGGCGCCCGAGUCACACCACAGAGGAGUGGCGCCCGAGUCACACAACAGAGGAGUGGCGCCCGAGUCACACACAGAGGAGUGGCGCCCGAGUCACACCGCAGAGGAGUGGCGCCCGAGUCACACCACAGAGGAGUGGCGCCCGAGUCACACCACAGAGGAGUGGAGCCCGAGUCACACCAGAGAGGAGUGGCGCCCGAGUCACACCGCAGAGGAGUGGCGCCCGAGUCACACCACAGAGGAGUGGCGCCCGAGUCACACCACAGAGGAGUGGCGCCCGAGUCACACCACAGAGGAGUAACCCGAGUCACACCACAGAGGAGUGGCGCCCGAGUCACACCACGGAGGAGUGGCGUCCGAGUCACACCAUAGAGGAGUGGCGCCCGAGUCACACCGCAGAGGAGUGGCGCCCGAGUCACACCGCAGAGGAGUGGCGCCCGAGUCACACCGCAGAGGAGUGGCGCCCGAGUCACACCAUCGAGGAGUGGCGCCCGAGUCACACCACAGAGGAGUGGCGCCCGAGUCACACCACAGAGGAAGGCGCCCGAGUCACACCACAGAGGAGUUGCGCCCGAGUCACACCACAGAGGAGUGGCGCCCGAGUCACACCACAGAGGAGUGGCGGCCGAGUCACACCACAGAGGAGUGGCGCCCGAGUCACACCAGAGGAGUGGCGCCUGAGUCACACACAGAGGAGUGGCGCCCGAGUCACACACAGAGGAGUGGCGCCCGAGUCACACACAGAGGAGUGGCGCCACCACAGAGGAGUGGCGCCCGAGUCACACCACAGAGGAGUGGCGCCCGAGUCACACCACAGAGGAGUGGAGCCCGAGUCACACCAGAGAGGAGUGGCGCCCGAGUCACACCGCAGAGGAGUGGCGCCCGAGUCACACCACAGAGGAGUGGCGCCCGAGUCACACCACAGAGGAGUGGCGCCCGAGUCACACCACAGAGGAGUAACCCGAGUCACACCACAGAGGAGUGGCGCCCGAGUCACACCACGGAGGAGUGGCGUCCGAGUCACACCACAGAGGAGUGGCGCCCGAGUCACACCGCAGAGGAGUGGCGCCCGAGUCACACCGCAGAGGAGUGGCGCCCGAGUCACACCGCAGAGGAGUGGCGCCCGAGUCACACCAUCGAGGAGUGGCGCCCGAGUCACACCACUGAGGAGUAGCGCCCGAGUCACACCACAGAGGAGUUGCGCCCGAGUCACACCACAGAGGAGUGGCGCCCGAGUCACACCACAGAGGAGUGGCGCCCGAGUCACACCACAGAGGAGUGGAGCCCGAGUCACACCAGAGAGGAGUGGCGCCCGAGUCACACCGCAGAGGAGUGGCGCCCAAGUCACACCACAGAGGAAGGCGCCCGAGUCACACCACAGAGGAGUUGCGCCCGAGUCACACACAGAGGAGUGGCGCCCGAGUCACACCACAGAGGAGUGGCGCCCGAGUCACCACCACAGAGGAGUGGAGCCCCGAGUCACACCAGAGAGGAGUGGCGCCCGAGUCACACCGCAGAGGAGUGGCGCCCUGAGUCACACCACAGAGGAGUGGCGCCCGAGUCACACACAGAGGAGUGGAGCCCGAGUCACCCAAGAGGAGGGGCGCCCGAGUCACACCGCAGAGGAGUGGCGCCCGAGUCACACCACAGAGGAGUGGCGCCGAGUCACACCACAGAGGAGUGGCGCCACGAGUGACCACCACAGAGGAGUAACCCGAGUCACACCACAGAGGAGUGGCGCCACGAAAGGAGUGGCGCCCGAGUCACACCACAGAGGAGUGGCGCCCGAGUCACACCACAGAGGAGUGGCGCCCGAGUCACAUCACAGAGGAGUGGGGCCAGAGUCACACCACAGAGGAGUGGCGCCCGAGUCACACCACAGAGGAGUGGCGCCCGAGUCACACCACAGAGGAGUGGCGCCCGAGUCACACCACAGAGGAGUGGCGCCCGAGUCACACCACAGAGGAGUGGCGCCCGAGUCACACCACAGAGGAGUGGCGCCCGAGUCACACCACAGAGGAGUGGCGCCCGAGUCACACCACAGAGGAGUGGCGCCCGAGUCACACCACAGAGGAGUGGCGCCCGAGUCACACCACAGAGGAGUGGCGCCCGAGUCACACCACAGAGGGGUGGCGCCCGAGUCACACCACAGAGGAGUGGCGUCCGAGUCACACCACAGAGGAGUGGCGCCCGAGUCACACCACAGAGGAGUGGCGCCCGAGUCACACCACAGAGGAGUGGCGCCCGAGUCACACAUCAGAGGAGUGGCGCCGAGUCACACACAGAGGAAGUGGCGCCCCGAGUCACACACAGAGGAGUGGCGCCCGAGUCACACCACAGAGGAGUUGCGCCCGAGUCACACCACAGAGGCAAGUGGCGCCCGAGUCACACCACAGAGGAGUGGCGCCCAAGUCACACCACAGAGGAGUGGCGCCCGAGUCACACCACAGAGGAGUGGCGCCCGAGUCGCCACCACAGAGGAGUGGCGCCCGAGUCACACCACAGAGGAGUGGCGCCUGAGUCACACCACAGAGGAGUGGCGCCCGAGUCACACCACAGAGGAGUGGCGCCCGAGUCACACCACAGAGGAGUGGCGCCCCGAGUCACACCACAGAAGGAUGGGCACCCGAGUCACACCACAGAGGAGUGGCGCCGAGUCACACCACAGGGGAGUGGCGCCCGAGUCACACCACAGAGUCACACCACAGAGGAGUGGCGCCCGAGUCACCACCACAGAGGAGUGGCGGCCGAGUCACACCACAGAGGAAGUGGCGCCCAGUCAGUCACACACAGAGGAGUGGCGCCCGAGUCACACACAGAGGAGUGGCGCCCGAGUCACACACAGAGGAGUGGCGCCACCACAGAGGAGUGGCGCCCGAGUCACACCACAGAGGAGUGGCGCCCGAGUCACACCACAGAGGAGUGGCGCCCGAGUCACACCACAGAGGAGUGGCGCCCGAGUCACACACAGAGUGGCGCCCGAGUCACACCACAGAGGAGUGGCGCCCGAGUCACACCACAGAGGAGUGGCGCCCGAGUCACACCACAGAGGAGUGGCGCCCGAGUCACACACAGAGGAGUGGCGCCCGAGUCACACCACAGAGGAGUGGCGCCCGAGUCACACACAGAGGAGUGGCGCCCGAGUCACACCACAGAGGAGUGGCGCCCGAGUCACACCACAGAGGAGUGGCGCCCGAGUCACACACAGAGGGGUGGCGCCCGAGUCACACCACAGAGGAGUGGCGCCCGAGUCACACACAGAGGAGUGGCGCCUGAGUCACACCACAGAGGCGUGGCGCCCGAGUCACACCACAGAGCGUGGCGCCCGAAGUCACACCACAGAGGAAGUGGCGCCCGAGUUCACACCACAGAGGAGUUGCGCCCGAGUCACACCACCAGAGGAGGUGGCGCCCCGAGUCACACCACCGAGGUAG